AUGGUCGCCAUUCCCCAUUGCCUGAUAUCUAUGGAUAAUCUCCCUCCCACCCUCGAUUUGCUUCAGAGGAGAGUCACCGAGCUCACGGCGGCAUAUCAUAGCCGAGGCUGGACGACCGAGGCCACAGACCUUGAGACCGCCAUCGAAACCGCCGGCAAAAGAAUCCUCGCAGACACCCCUGACCCAGCAACCAUAACGCUCGAAGAGCUGAGCGGGUGCGUGCGAAAAUGGCUCUGCGCCAACUCCUGGAUCGUGGCUGAAGACCUCGGCAUCUUGGUCUUGCAGACAUGCGAGAGCUUAAAGGGCGAACGUGACCCCAUGACCAUGACAGCAAUGAACAAUCUUGUUGCCGCGCAUUUGCAACGCGGACAGCUCGACCAAGCCGCCGCGUUAAGUCUUCGUGUCACGAAUCUAAGGCAGAAUCUGCUCGGUGAGACGCAUCCCCAGACCCUGGCUUCCAUGACGAAUCUGGCGUCCACGUAUCGGCGCCAGGGUCGCUGGGAGGAGGCACAAAAGCUUGAUGCACACACCGUCAAGCUUAAGACCACGGCCCAUGGGCCUUGGCACUCUUCCACCUUGACUUCAAUAUCCAACCUCGCCAAUUCGUAUGCCCAGGUUGGUCGGUAUCAGGAAGCAGCGUCGAUCAUACGUCAAUUGAUCGAUGAUGCGGAGAAACAUGGGAUCCCGCAAACGAACCCCUCGCUGCUGAACUGGAAAUUGACUCUUGCGUCAACGUACCGCGAUCAAGGACAGUUCGGCCCUGCCGAAAAGUUGGAGCGGGACGUCGUCGCUAUUAGCCUUAACGAGUCAGGGACCCACAAUUCUUUCACACUUACCUGUAUGGCCAAUCUGGCAAGCACGUACCGGGAACAAGGGCGCUGGGUGGAAGCUGAGCGUCUAGAGAAGGAAGUUGUCGCCAACAGUGAGAAAAUCCUCGGGGAAACCCACCCGCAGACUCUCAAGUCGAUCGGCAACCUUGCCUCAACAUACCGCAGUCAGGGUCGACUGGAAGAGGCGACCAAACUGGGCAAAAAGGUCACAGCAGUUAUGACGGAGGUCCUCGGGGAGCGACAUGCGGAUACGCUGGUCGCGAUGGCAGACCUCGCAGUCACCUAUCAAAUGAAUCACCAACCACACGACGCUGAGGUCCUGGCGGCCCGCUCGCUACAUCUGAUGAAAGAAACGAUAGGCGAGAAUCACCCGCACACACUCAGUGCGAUGGCCAAUCUAGGCUACAUCUACCAAUCACAAAGCAAGUGGGAUAUUGCCGGUGGGAUGGCAGAGACUGUGCACGCGCGUCGAGAGCAGACGAUUGGGAAAGACCACCCAGAUACCCUGGCUGCCUUGGAAGAUUUGAGACGGGUAGCGUGGGUAGAAGCCGCGGAUCAGAAUGCACAGAGUACGUUGAAUUAG